GCUCCUCUGUCAUGCCAUAGGGCAACUAAGCCCGUGAGCCUCAACUACUGAGGCCUGUGCACCAAGAGCCUGUGCUCUGCAACAAGAGAGGCCACCGAACAAGAAGCCUACACCCCAAACGAGAGAGUAGCCCAGACACAGCCAUGAAGACCCAGAACAGCUUUGUGGCCAUAGAUAACUGCAGCAGCAGGAAGAGCUGGAAUGUAGGAAGUAUUCUGACACAUCUGGGGAGUAUAGAGACGAUGGAAGUGGCAGGUGCCAGUAUGUUUUCCCACAGAGAUACUGGAGACAGAGCAUGACAGGAAGGAAUCAAACUACUGUCUCAGAGUUCCUCCUGCUGGGACUGCCCAUCAAGUCAGAGCAUCAGAACCUGUUCUACGCCCUGUUCCUGGCCAUGUACGUUACCACCGUCCUGGGGAACCUUCUCAUCCUCGUCCUCAUUUGCCUGGACCCCCACCUCCACACACCCAUGUAUUUGUUUCUCAGUAACCUGUCUUUCUCUGACCUCUGCUUCUCCUCUGUCACAAUGCCCAAAUUGCUGCAGAACAUGCAAAGCCAAGACCUGACCAUCCCCUAUGCUGCCUGCCUGACACAAAUGUACUUCUUCCUGUUCUUUGCAGACCUGGAGGACUUCCUCCUUGUGGCCAUGGCCUAUGACCGCUACAUGGCCAUCUGCUUCCCCCUGCACUACACCACCAUCAUGAGCCCCAGGCUCUGUCUCUUCCUGGUGGUGCUGCCCUGGGUGCUGACCACGUUCCAUUCCAUGUUGCACACCCUGCUCAUGGCCAGGCUGCAUUUUUGUGAAGACAAUGUGAUCCCCCACUUUUUCUGCGAUUUGUCUGCUCUGCUGAAGCUGUCCUGCUCUGACACUCGAGUGAAUGAGCUGGUGAUAUUUUUCAUCGGAGGGCUCAUUAUCGUCAUCCCAUUCCUACUCAUCAUCAUGUCUUAUGCACAAAUUGUGUCCUCCAUCCUCAAGGUCCCUUCUGCCAAGGGCAUCUGCAAAGCCUUCUCCACCUGUGGCUCCCACCUCACUGUGGUGUCUCUCUUCUAUGGGACAAUUAUUGGUCUCUAUUUAUGCCCAUCAGCUCAUAAUUCCACUGUUAAGGAGACUGUCAUGUCUAUGAUGUACACUGUGGUGGCCCCCAUGCUGAACCCCUUCAUCUACAGCCUGAGGAACAGAGACAUGAAAGGAGCUCUGAGAAGAGUCUUUUGCAAAAAGAAAAAUGCCUUCUCUCUAUGACUGUAAAGUUGAGAUGAUGAUAAAGUUGGGAUUUCUACACAAUUUUAUUUAGUAUGUAUAUUGAUAUCAAUCUUGGGAUAUUAACCCAGAUUUCUGUUUUCAAUGGUCUUUUUUUUUUUUUUUUACAAUGGCUUAGUAGGAUGUUGUCCAUAAGAAAAGAGGUACAGUGGAGGUAUGUAGUAGGACUUGGAAAGGGGAUGCCAGUGACCUCCUAGCUCGAUCUUUCUCAUGUUUCUCUCCAGGUUACUCAAAGAAGCUUCAUCUUUAAAUUUCCAAUUAAUCUUUGUGCCCUCCCUCCACCUUUUUUUUCAUUACUGCUUACAAUGUUUGAUUUACUGCCGAAAUAAACACUAUUAUUUAC